CGCUGAAGAAGGAAGAUCCUGUGUUGCUGUAUAUAAGGAUGUGAGUUACGGACGUCGUCUACAGUCCAUCUCAGCACUCGAACAAUAUACACACCUCUGAUUAUCUGAACGUGAAGAAUGAAGAAUGGCCUUACAGCAGAUCACGUCUCUGCUGAGGAUCCACCACAGAGCGUUCCUGCAGCCCAGCCCCCUCACAGCAGCCCCCAUCUUCAUCACUGCAGCCCCCAUCUCCAUCACCAUCUCCACACUGCACAGGUUCUUCAGUGCCACCCGAACUGCCACAGCGCCCCUCAAUGGCUCGGAGAACAUCUCUCUGCUGGAGAACCUCACCAUCCUGGGUGUGGAUCUGAAAAAGGCCCGGCAGCGACAGCCCGGCGUCCUACGUAAAGUCCUGACGAACGAGCGUGGCCUGGCUGAGUUCCUCAGCAGCAAAGGGGCCAGCCGAGAGGUCAUCGCCAGCAUCAUCUCGAGGUUCCCGAGAGCCAUAACGCGGUCAGGUGAGCACCUGGAGGAGCGCUGGCAGCUCUGGCGCAGCAUCUUCCAGGAUGACGCUGAGAUCGUGAGGAUCUUGGACCGCUCUCCAGAGUCCUUCUUCCGCUCCAGCGACAACGAGAACCUGGAGAAGAACAUCCUGUUCCUGAACUCACUGGGAAUCAUGCACCGGGACCUUCCGAAGCUGCUAACGAAGGCUCCUCGAGUGUUCUCCAACAGCCUAGAGCUGAACCGGACCAUGGUGGAGCUUCUGCAGAGCAUUUGUGUGAGUCUAGGUGGGAAAGACCACGAGGCCUUCGCUAGAGCCAUCAUCUCCAGGAACGUUUACAUCCUGAUCCGCAGCACCAAGCGCGUCAAGGCUAACAUCGAGUUUCUGCUAACCUCGCUGAAGCUCAGCGACACUGAAGCUCUGAGCCUGUUUCAGAGUCAUGGAGCAGACAUCCUGGACCUUUCCCACACCAGCCUGAAGAGGAACUUCAAGAAUCUGUGGGUGAAGCUGAGAUCUCUGGGCUGCCGCAAGGCGGAGAUGAAGAAGCUGGUGCUGAAUUACGCUCAGGUGCUGUUCGUCUCACCUGAGAGGCUAAACGAGAAGCUGGACUGCCUGGUCGAAGGUGGCAUUGACGUCAGGCAGAUCGUGGAGAAGCCGAAAGUGCUGGAUUUCAGCUCAGUCACGUUGAAGCAGCGUCUGGAUGAUCUGAACAGUUUGGGCUACAACUUUGACGCCAACGGAAUAGCCAUCCUGGACAUGAGCAAGAAACGCUUUGAUGCUAAAAUGGAGAAACUACGAGAGUUUAGACACUGAGAGCUUCGCAUUAUGGAUAAAACACUGUUAUCAUCAUCACGCUGAUACAUAUUUUGCGAUUGUGACAUGCCUUACAACGGCACGGGUGUCUAAACUUUAUUGAAGAGGACCAGAUUGUACCGUGUCAGAAUACCUGAGAGCCAAAAUAUUAUUUAUUUACGAAUAAUUCAAGAUAUUAGGCCUAGGUUUUCACAAUAUCAGCACUUCUGAGCUUUCUGUGAGCUGCUGUGUUUCCUAUCACUGUGUAAAAGAUGCAGGAGGUUUCUUUUACUGUUGGAUUGAUCAUUAAGAGCAAUUUGGAUCAUAACAUCGAAUUAAAUUGUUUAAGAGUAACAAUAAAACGUUUAAUUUAUUAAUUCAAUUCCUAUUCAAGUGCUCACUUGUUCAGAAAUAUAAUUUGUGAGAAUCUAUAAAUUUUGGGUCUCGUUAAAUGAUGUUCUUGAUCAUAACGGCUGGUUAUGAUGAUAUUGUUCCUCCUUAAAGGGUUAAUAUGUCCUGCUCUGCUGAAUCUGCUCUGAUAUGAAGUCGGUGCUGUGAGACUCGGAGCUGCAGCUGCUUUAGUGUCUCUCCUGAAUAUUUACUGUGAUGUUCUGCUGUUUUUCAGGUCUGUUGGUAUUAAAUUAAUUACAGUUUUGAAAUAUGAGGCUCGUUUUCUGCGUCUCUUGAUUAAAAAGUUCAAAUUUCCAUCUAAACUUGUGUCUCUCAGUGUUAGUCUGAGCUUUACGGCUCAGUCUGGACUAAAUGUGGUCAGUAAAUGAAGCUGCAGGUCAGUCAGAGAAGAAAGGCUCUUAAACUUUAGCUACUUCGUUACCGCAGUGCAGCGUUACACUGUAAUCUCACAGCACUGCUGCCCCCAUCAGGUGAGAGGAGAAACUGCAGUGAACUGGCUGGAGGGCAACUAAUAACACACUCUGAAACAGAAGACAGGGGCCGAUUAACAUCUGUCCAAGGGCCGCAUUUGGCCCUGGGGCCGGACUUUGGACACCCACAGGGUUCAGACCAAAAUUAUGUCCUUAUGGUGAAGAAUGUGGUUCGUCAGAACAGCCAGAGAAACUCGUGUGGAGCUGUGAUUGGUCAGGAGGCUCACAGCACUCAGUAAACAAACACUGUGAUUGGUUAGGGGGCUCAUUUGCAUAUGCAGUCUUAUGA